AGACGAUACCGCAAUGAUGCGCACACGGGCUGCGGAGCACCGAGGAUCUAAGAGGUCCUUGGCAGGUCAGAGCUUUCAAGAGCUCUCUGUGUGCCAGGAACCCGACCCGCUAAACACCUAUUUGGAGAAACCACUUGCCCUGUACCAGUGGAUGCGGUGGCGCAACUGCAAGACCCAUAAGCCGCACCUAGAGGAAACAUACCCCAGCAUUCUACCGCCUAUAUCCAAAUGCGACAAUGCCAAGACUCUGAAAUACGUUGAAGAUGCCAUGGAGGCCAACAAAUGCAAAGAAUACGUCAAGGAAGAUGUGCUGACCGUGUGGAACCACAGUCCCCAAAAGGAAUCCUUGGUGUGGUAUGGCGUUAAAUCGCAGUACCCGUCUCCACAGGCCGUCCUCUAUGACCGCGCUUUGAAAAAGAGUCUAAAGGCGGCUAGUCUUGCGCCUAAGCCGCCAAAGAAGUCAAACAUAAAGCCUAAAUGGCAACUUCAGAAGAAGCCCCCCCAGCCUGGCGCUUUUGUUCUAAAUCGAAGAUGUCUGAAGGCCAAGCUCGACAGGAUGCCAAACAUAAAACGCCAACUGAAGUCGAACAACGUCUUCACCUGGCUUCACUGUCCUCAGCCAGCGGAUCCGAGCAAUCCCUUUGAAGAUAGCGCCGUCUAUCCAGCGAUCAGCAUAGAACAGGCGAUGGACAUGGCGAAACCGGAAAAGCCUCCCAAACAUGGCCUCAGACGUAAGCAUUGGUACUGCCCCCCGAAAUGCGGCGAGGCAGAGAGCAAGUGCACCGAUUACGAGUGGGCCAAGUACAAGAUGGAUCCCCGGCCCUACAACGAGGCCUUCCAACGCGAGAUUGCAAACCAAAAGGCCUUAAAGCAACCGGAGCCCCGCAACUACGAUGAACUGUACAAAUCGCUGGUAACUUGUUUUGUUCAAGACCCGAAUGGAAAGAAUGAUCUCUGCGAAGCGCUGGAGAAGUGCUGCAGGGAUCCCAAAGAUCCACCUGCCCAGGGUUGCAGCGAGUUCGUUCCGGAUGGCGCCGGAGGAGAUGGUAAGUCGACCGCUGAUAAGGACAAGGGUAGGGAUAAAGACAUGGACAUUGACAAAGACGAGGUCCUUGACAAAGACAAAGACAAGGACAUUGACAAAGACAAGGUAAAAGACAAAGCUAAAAAGGGUGAUGGUGACAAUGAAAAUGAAGGUAUCGGAGACGGUGACGGUGAAAAAGGAGGAAAGAACGAUAAGGGCAAGCACGAAAAGGGUGAUGGCGAAGGUAACAAGGGAUCUGAAAAAGAUGGAGGGGAGAAAAAACCGGGAAAACAGAACGAAGUAAAAGAAAAAGACAAAGACAAAGGCAAGGAAAAAAAGACUAAAGAUCAAAACUUUAGAUCCUCUGAAGACGGUCAUUCAGGUAAAAAAACUCCCCAAAGUAAAGAUACUACUCACGCGACCGAAGAAAGUCACCGUGGUGAUGGCGACGGUGGUCCUGAUAGCGAAGACAAUAGGGAAAAAGACAAAAACCAAUCUGACAGGAAAAGUGGUAAAAUAGAUGAAAACCAGGAAAAAGACAAGGACAAGGGCAAAGGUAAGGAGAAAGGCACGAAUAAAAAGGGCAAAGGAAAAAAGAAAGCGAAAGGUAAAGGUGAGGAUAAGAAUACCAAGGAUGGCCGGAGUGAAAAGGACUGCCCCUGCGAGAUCUGUUGUCCGCCAAAAGAAGAGGACACUCCGCUGAUCAAGGAGAUGCGCCGGCGGGAUCGAGAGCGCCAGGUGCGCGAUUACCUCCGCCAAAUGCGCCACCGGGAAUACAUGGAGUGCAAGGACCACGAAUACCCGAGCCCGCACCAUAAGUGUGACCCAAUCCAGUGCAACAACCAGUUCUGUAGCAAUCCCCGAAUGCAAACUCAUUUCGCCAGAGUCCAGGCCGUGCGAAGCUUGCAGCAGAUCCUGCGGAGAAGAAAUCGACAAGGCGAUGUCAAACUCUCCAACGAUCUGGACGCACUUUUAGCAAGGCUGUGCAACAGCCUGACAAUAAGUGAUGGUCACUGCAGAUGACCCCGCUUCGACUGUGUUUUGGUGAUGUCUAACGAGUCCGAGUCCGCAUUUAUAACUAGUGCUUAAGUUUUAGUGUCAUUACGGUAUUGUGAUUUAAAGCGAUCUUAAUUGCGUCCUUUAAAUAAACUCGAAUCCCAAGCUGA